AUGGAUAUGUACCUCGAAAACAGCCGAGUCAAGAUCGACGUCUACGAAGACCCAUCCAACAAUCUUGCUCUUUCCGAAACUUUCACUCCAAGCGACACUGCCCACCAGUACUUUGCGCAGGAGAAUCAACGUGCGGAAGAGGCAUUGCAGCCAGAAACUCCCUCGAACGAGGCAGCGCACAACCCGACGGUGGAACGUGACUUGGCUGCCUGCCCACGCGGUGACAGCUUGCUGAAUAGAGAUGCAUCCGUUCUCGAGAAGCGCGUCUCUCGGUGCUACCAGUUUUGUGGAACGAUUGCCAAUUGUCGCGGAAAUAAUGGAUGUCCUCACUGCUAUGCUGUUCGACAAGGGUGUCUGUGGCAGAAAUGGUGCCGUUAA